GGGUCCCGGCACCGCGGCGCUCGGGUUUUGUUUGGGUCCUGGGUGGAGGGCCCGGGUGCCGGGGCCCGAGGUGCCGCCUCGCUAGCGGGAGAGGGAGCGGGAUCGGCGGCCCGGAGAGAGCUCUCAGGGCCACAGUGGGGCAGGAGGAUGCUCUCCCAGCCCCGCGAUGGAGCUGCGCUGUGGGGGACUGCUGUUCAGUUCUCGCUUUGAUUCAGGGAACCUAGCUCAUGUGGAGAAGGUGGACUCUGUGGCCAGUGACGGGGAAGGGGUAGGAGGCGGGGCCUCCGCCUCCAUCAGCAGCGUCGCCUCUUCCCCUGACUACGAGUUCAACGUGUGGACCCGUCCAGACUGUGCUGAAACGGAAUUUGAGAACGGAAACAGGUCAUGGUUCUACUUCAGCGUCCGUGGAGGGACCCCCGGGAAACUCAUCAAGAUCAACAUCAUGAACAUGAACAAGCAAAGCAAGCUGUACUCCCAGGGCAUGGCCCCCUUCGUGCGCACACUGCCCACCCGGCCACGCUGGGAGCGCAUCCGGGACCGGCCGACCUUUGAGAUGACAGAGACACAGUUUGUGUUGUCCUUUGUUCACCGUUUCGUGGAGGGCCGCGGGGCCACCACCUUCUUCGCCUUCUGCUACCCCUUCUCCUACAGUGACUGCCAGGAGUUGCUGAACCAACUAGACCAGCGCUUUCCAGAGAACCAUCAUACCCAUAGCAGUCCCUUGGAUACCAUCUAUUACCACCGGGAGCUCCUUUGCUAUUCCCUGGAUGGACUUCGUGUAGAUCUGCUCACAGUCACGUCCUGCCACGGGCUUCGAGAAGAUCGAGAGCCACGCCUGGAGCAGCUGUUUCCUGAUACCAGCACCCCCCGGCCGUUCCGUUUCACAGGCAAGAAGAUCUUCUUCUUAAGCAGCAGGGUGCAUCCUGGGGAGACUCCAUCUAGCUUCGUCUUCAAUGGCUUUCUGGACUUCAUCCUUCGACCUGACGACCCCCGGGCCCAGACCCUGCGUCGCCUCUUUGUCUUUAAGCUGAUUCCUAUGUUGAACCCUGAUGGUGUGGUCAGAGGCCACUACCGCACGGACUCACGUGGGGUGAAUCUGAACCGUCAGUAUCUGAAGCCUGAUGCCAUCCUGCACCCGGCUAUCUAUGGGGCUAAAGCCGUGCUCCUCUACCACCACGUGCACUCUCGUCUGAACUCCCAGAGUCCGCCUGAGCACCAGCCCAGUCCCCGUCUCCCCGCCGACGCCCCUCUCUCUGACCUCGAGAAAGCCAACAAUCUCCAGAAUGAGGCUCACCUGGGGCAGUCCUCUGACGGGGAGAACCCUGAGGCCUGGACCCAGACAGAGCCAGCGGAACAGAAGGCCAACAGUGGGUGGAUUGUGCCACAACCGUCUACUGAGCUGGAGGAGCCAGCCCCCAACACCAUCCCCCCCAAAGAGAGUGGCGUUGCCUACUAUGUGGACCUGCAUGGACACGCGUCUAAAAGGGGCUGCUUCAUGUAUGGAAACAGCUUUAGUGAUGAGAGCACCCAGGUGGAAAACAUGCUAUAUCCAAAGCUCAUCUCCUUGAACUCAGCCCAUUUCGACUUCCAGGGCUGCAAUUUCUCAGAGAAGAACAUGUAUGCCCGAGACCGAAGAGAUGGCCAGUCUAAAGAGGGAAGCGGCCGUGUUGCAAUCUACAAAGCCUCAGGGAUAAUCCACAGCUACACACUUGAAUGCAACUACAACACUGGACGCUCAGUAAACAGCAUCCCUGCUGCCUGCCAUGACAACGGGCGUGCCAGCCCCCCUCCCCCGCCGGCUUUCCCCUCCAGAUACACUGUGGAGCUGUUUGAGCAGGUGGGACGUGCUAUGGCCAUUGCAGCCCUGGACAUGGCCGAAUGCAACCCCUGGCCCCGGAUCGUGCUGUCAGAACACAGCAGCCUCACUAACCUACGGGCCUGGAUGCUAAAACACGUGCGCAACAGCCGAGGCCUAAGCAGCACCGUGAAUGUGGGUGGCAGCAAGAGGAGAGGUGCUCGGACUCCACCCAGAAGUAACAAUGGACUGCCCGUUUCCUGCUCUGAAAACACGCUGAGCCGGGCGCGAAGUUUUAGCACUGGCACAAGUGCUGGGGGUAGCAGCAGCAGCCAACAAAAUUCUCCACAGAUGAAGAACUCCCCCAGCUUUCCUUUCCAUGGCAGCCGGCCUGCAGGGCUGCCAGUCCUGGGCUCUAGCACCCAGAAGGUCAGCCACCGGGUGCUGGGCCCUGUCAGAGGUAAGCCAGUCUGGGAGCCCCUGCAGCAGGUGUUCGGUUGUUUGGGCCAUUGCUGGGGCAAGUGAGAGCUUGAAGAUACACACUUGGACUGGGUCCAAGGGGUCAAUCAAUAAAAUUAGUUUGUAGCAGAAUCUGCAACCUCUCCUGCGACCUUGGUGUUCCCUGCGGCAUGACUCCAGGGCGGCACUCUGUGGCCAUAGGUGGGGUGCUGGGAGCCAGGGACGUUGCCGAGGAGACACUAGCCGAAGCAGUGCUGCACACAGAGUCGCCACGUCACGGAUGGGGUCAGUCUGUCUUCUUGGGGACAGUCUAAGAGGACAUCCUCAGAAUCCAGGCUGCAGCACCGUCGUCCUGUACGUGAUCUCUGUGAGCUGAAAUUGUUCCCGGCUUCAGAGCUGAUUCGGAAAGUGUGUCAGAGGAUUCCAACUUCCAGAGGCAAACAGAACUGCAGACAGCUUGUAUUCCAGGCUUACAAAGUACCAGCUGGCCCUUUCCGGCAGUGGGCACACUUGCUGCACUGCACGUGAGGACCCCGUGAUGAGACCCCACCUGAUGAGUACAGCAGGUUCUCAGGCGGACAUUUGUGAGUACCAGGAAUAGAUGGGCCUUUAGGGAAAAAGAAGAGAAAGUAACUGGGAGUAACCAGGGUUGUUGGGAGGGCGAGAGUCCUUCUGGAAAUACACUAGACCCCAAGUCAGUACCGUGCUCAGCAUCUGGGCUACAGAAACCUUGCCAGAGGAGGGAGGCUUGUAAGCUGGAGCCA